GCGUGACAAGUCAACGUACUUAACCCUUUUCAAUUACAAUCAUUAGUGUGCGUCUAGCGUGAAAAUGAGUUGAUUUCAGGCAUAUUUCCAGUUGAGAGAACGAUAUGUACUCGUUUCCUCAAUUAUGCCAACGAAUCUAACUGUCGAUCUACAUAUUUUAGUCCAGUGUAGUCUACAUGUAAAUAUACAGGCAACAUGACAUUUGAAAAGAGUUUCAAUAUAAUACCUCCAAGUUGGCUGUGAAGCAAAACAGACGACGACAAUAGAUUCUUUUGUGUUGAUUGUCAAUUGCCAUCGUCCAUAGGCUAACGGUAAAUUAUUGACUGUAUCGAAGAACAACGUCUACUACUACAAGAAAAGGUGCAUACUCCUAUGGUACAGGGGGAGGAGGAACAAACUUUAAGAGUUGGAGGAGUUGUAUAGUUUCCUGGUGCAGCAACCAACCGGACCAUCAGUUGCAAGUCCGCCGCGGUCCGAGUCGCACACAAACUCGAAACACGUCCGACCAAAAUUCAAUUUCUACAAUUUAAAAAAAAAAAACAAGUGGCAUUUAUUCAUAAUGUACGUCGUAUAAAGUUAUCACCGUUAUUCAUUGUCAUCACUUUUAUAGUGAACGUGAGUUAUUAAUCCCGGAGCAGAGGAGGAGGAGGUGAGUUUGAUCAUCUGACCCACGACAGGUUUUUAUAUCGAGCAGGAAAAUACGACUGGACGUUUUCAUCUGGCAAUCUCAUCAUGACUAUUUACAUUCUAGUGGCACUGUCGGCCAGUUUCGUCACCAUCUACGGCAACCCGCUGGACCAGCCAUUGCCGCUCAAUUCCGACUUUUGGGAGAAAAAGUCGCAAUAUUAUUCGCACGGAACAUCCAGCGACGAAGAUGUCCGAUUGGCUGAAGAAGUCGUCGCCCAUCGACUCCAAUUAAAACACGACGACAAGAGUAGACGAUUAGAAGCUCAACUGGAACUUAUCGCUCCGGUGGUGGACAAGGCCGAGCGCAAAUGGGCCGAACUGGUCGACGAUGUGGACCAUUUGAAUUUCACGGCUAUCGAAUGGGAAAUUGAAAACGAAUUGCCCGAGCCCAACGACCGGACUUGGCGUAAAGGACGUGAGCGGGGUCGAGGGGCACGAGGAUUGCCGGCCUUCCUGGGCAACGCUGUCAAAUUGUUCGACCUCAAACAGGUCGUCAAAGAAUUGGAAACAUCUGUGAUGACGUCAGUUUCCUGCUCGGCUUGUAAAGCAGGUGUCGGUCUGCUGCAGCAUUACGUCGAUUCCGGCAAGUCGACGGAUGAAAUCGUUCACGCCUCCACCAAACUGUGCAUGAGUCUGAAAAUUGAAUCACGCCGAGUGUGCGAGGGCAUCAUCCUGGCCAUGGCCGACGAAGUUGUUUUCGUCCUGUCCAGGCUCAUUCUGACGGCCGAUGAAAUUUGCGGUUUCGUCAUUGGCGACGUUUGCGCCAUCCCUUACAAUCCGUACCACGACUGGGAAGUGGCCCUGCCGCCCAUUCCCAAACCGGCCCUCAUUAGCCAACAAAUGCCCAACGGCGGCGUCAGCAGCCCACCGUUGAAGGUCCUUCACCUGUCCGACACCCACUUUGAUCCGUACUAUCACGAAGGAAGUACAGCCAAUUGCAACGAGCCGCUUUGCUGCCGGCUGACGGACGGCAUUCCCGAUUCGCCCACUAACGGGGCUGGACGCUGGGGUGAUUACCGUAAAUGCGACACGCCCAGGCACACCAUCGAAAGCAUGCUCCAACACAUUGCCAACUAUCAUCAGGAUAUCGAUUUCAUCAUUUGGACGGGUGAUUUGCCUCCUCACGACGUCUGGAAUCAAACACGCAACGACAAUCUUUACGUUUUGCGUGAAACUGUCCGCCAAUUGACCUUCUACUUUCCCAAUACGCGAAUUUUCCCCGCCCUGGGCAAUCACGAAAGCGCACCUGUCAACAGUUUCCCGCCACCCAACAUCGAGGCCACUCACACGAUGGAUUGGCUCUACGACGAACUGGAUCUCCUCUGGCGACGAUGGCUGCCCGAUUCCACUUCGCCCACCGUACGCAAAGGCGCCUUCUAUUCGGUUCUCGUCAGUCCAGGCUUCCGAAUGCUUUCAUUAAACAUGAACUAUUGCAACAACAAAAACUGGUGGUUGCUGCUCAACAGCACAGAUCCAGCCCAGGAGCUUCAGUGGCUCGUUUAUGAACUUCAAAGUGCCGAGCUCAAAGGCGAAAAGGUGCACAUUCUAGGUCACAUACCCCCUGGGCACAGCGAUUGUCUCAAAGUUUGGUCUCACAAUUAUUACCGAAUCGUCAACAGGUACGAGGCUACCAUUAGCGGCCAGUUUUUCGGCCACACACAUUUCGACGAAUACGAAGUCUUUUACGACGAAGUCUACCGCGGACGGGCCUCCAGCAUCGCCUACAUCGGACCUUCAGUCACGCCUUAUUACGGCCUCAAUCCAGGCUACCGAAUCUACCACGUCGACGGCAACUACGCUGGGACGUCGCGAAUGGUUGUCGAUCACGAAACGUGGAUCAUGGACCUUCAAGAAGCCAAUCGGCACAAUGUCGAUUCGCCACGAUGGUACCGCCUUUACACGGCCCGAGAAGCCUUCCGCAUGCCGUCGUUGACGCCUCAAGAUUGGGACCAUUUGGUCCACCGGAUGACCUACGACGACAAUCUCUUCCAAACUUAUUACAAGUACUAUUGGAAGGCGUCACCUGUGCGGCCCAGCUGCGAUGCGGAUUGCAAGAAGCGGUUGCUGUGCGAUCUGAAAUCGGGUCGAUCCAACGAUCGGAAAUUGACCUGCCAAGAAAUCGAGGAGCGAAUCGACAGCACCAAAAAGAGUUCCUCGUGGAAAACGUGGCUUUUCAAUGGGUUCGCUAUUUCAUCCGUUUUCACUUUUUUGGGAGGAUUUGGCUGGCUGGGCGACUCGGUUGGAUCUUUCUUCUAAAAAAUAAUCUUCCAAUUGCCUCAUUUCGGUCGACAUCUGCGGGAAUCUGUUUUUUAAUUUAAUUUUUCCGGUGCUGGUAUUUUUAUUUUUCUUCCAUUUUUCGAGCUGCUUGGACCCUCGCAUAUCAAUUGUUAUUUCCUUGGCUAGUUUCAGUGUUGGCACUCGGUUUCACCUUACCACAUCUGCCAGCCCUAUUCGGUUGAUCAUCAGAGAGAGCCUUUCCGUCUGGAUUUUGUUGAAAGUGAUACUCGACCUUUUUCGUACCAUAUUAAAAGAGGAAACAAAACCAUUUUCUACCGCAUAUUAUUGUUGCCCGUGUACAUAAAUUAAAAAAUGAUGAAAAACAAAUUAAAAAAUUAUUGAAUCGUGUUUCCCAUCAUAA